UGGGACUCCUGGAGUUCAGAGCGCUCACCCGGUUCACUCGCUCUCCGGCGGCGCCGUAGCUCGAAAGGAAAGGCAGUCGGGUGGCCGUGCCCUCUGGCUGCGCCACCUGCAGCCCCUCACCGAGCAGCCCGGACUCGAUGGAGCUGCAGGUGAGACGCCAGGGUGGGUUGGCGGAGAGCAGUGACGUGCGCCUGACCGCCCUCGCCAAGCCGCAGGUUCAAAGAGAAGACGGCGUCUGGCUGCACCAAGCGCUGAGUUUCUCACCCCAUUGAGCUAAGAAAGUUCAAGAAAGAAGCCUGGGAUUCAUGGGGAGAUCAGGACAGAAGACUUUCCCAUUCUAUCACAACUGAGGCGGUAGAGUCAGCCGUUUGGGAAGUCUGCUUUCAGAAAGAUUUAAGAAUUCAUUUCCACGUACGGCCAUCUGGUUCUUUGAAGCAGUAUCCCAUCAUGUGCCAUGCUGGUGUUGGCACAGGACGCAGAGAAGUCAAUGUUAGCAUAUAGCCAGCCAACAGGAAGUCAUAACAUCACUCCCACCAGCCUUUCUUCAGGGACUCAAUAGCCUUGUACAACCCAUCCCUGCUGUACAUCACAACCAAGCUUUGUGGGCAUCUUCCUUGGCUACUUGCAUUGCCAAUACUAUAUACCAUUGAGGUUCAGUCAUUCACCUCUCCUGUCUCAGAAGUAUUCUGGAUGGAUGGAUGCUGGAAACCCAUUGCCAUAGCCAGCUCUUCUUCAAUAUUUAAGGCUUUAUCUGGGCAUUGAGUAAUGAGAAUUUUGAAACCAUAUUUGAGGAGUACGUCCAUCCAGUGCUAUUUGUGUUUACUUCUGAACAGUCAUUUCUUAACUGAGGCUGGCAUUCAUGUCUUCAUUUGGAGCUGUAUCAGUGCAAGCCUUCCAAAAACAGAGGCAAACUGGCAGGAUGUAAUAAGUGAUUUGAAAAAAUUUGAAAAUCUUAUUCAAUCUAUACAUAUUGAUGCCACUUUAUAUACUGAAAGUGAUGCUCAUCCCAAUUGCAAAGUCACAGCGAUGAAGUGCUUUCUCCUGGAGUUACACGUUAUUUGGCAGGAGUCGAAUAAUAUGGAUAUUAGAGAGGUGAUAGAAAACCUUAUCAUCCUAACAAACUCCAGUUUAUCAUCUAAUGGGAAUAUAACUGAAUCUGGAUGCAAAGAAUGUGAGGAAUUGGAGGAAAAAAAUGUUAAAGAAUUUUUGCGAAGUUUUGUAAAUAUUGUACAAAUGUUCAUCGGCACUUCCUGAUUGCAGUGAUCCUCUUCAGCAUUUCUGUUAUUUACAAACACAUUCCCAUUGCUCAAAGGCACCGAAACACUUUGCAUUUCCAGUGUGCUGCCAAAGAAGUUUUUCUAGCAAGAAGAUGAUCAGGAUCUUGCGUCGGAUGAACUCUUAGAAAUGAAGGCAGAAAAAUGUCAUUGAGUAACAUGAUGUAUACGAACAUUUAUUUUUAAUUUAUUAUUGAAAUUGUACAUAUUUGUAACAUAAUAUAAAUUUUUGAAUAAAAUUAUGUACAUAUUUUA